AUGUUGGAUUGUAAGCCCGUGUCUACUCCUUCGGCGGAGCACUUUAGACUAAGUGCCCAAGAGGAUCCUUCUAGUGACAAAGAGAAAGAUGAGAUGAGUAAAGUUCUGUAUGCAAUCGCGGUAGGGUGUCUCAUGUACAUAAUAGUUUGCACACACCCUGACCUAACUCAAGCUAUGAGUGUAGUUUCAAGAUACAUGACAAAUCCAAGCAAACAACAUUGGAAUACGGUGAAGUGGAUAUUUUUGUGUUAUGUGGAUUUGGAUUAUGCGAGACAUAGACAAGAGGAGAUCCACCAUGGGGUAUGUUUCACUUGUGGUGGAGGACCAAUUAAUUGGAGAGUGAUGCUACAAUUAGUUACUGCCUUGUUUACUACUGAAGAGGAAUAUAUGGCAGUAACGGAAGCUUCUAAGGAAGCGUUAUGGCUGACAAGAUUGGCUAAAGAGUUCAGGAUGGCUCAAGAUUUGGUGGUGAUACAAAGUGACAGUCAAAGUGCUAUAUGCUUAGUCAAGAAUCAAGUGUUUCACGGAAGGUCUAAGCAUAUUGAUGUCGGAUUGCUUGACCAAGCCAAUCACAACUGGGAAGUUCAGACAUUGCUUGAGCUUGCUCAAUCUUGUUACUUGCUAAAGAUUGAGGUAGAGCUCUGGGGACUUACUAGGAUGAUUUUCAAGAGGCUUGAAGAGGUUCUAGUGGUCAAUGAGUUUCACAAGGUAUAUAGGCUCGCCAAGGUGGAGAUUGUUGAUGUUGGCUUACGUAAAGAUGUGGAAGGAGUGAAGGAAACAGACGAUCAAAAGAGCUAUAGUAGUUUUGACUAG